AUGAACAUAACCAAACUGCGAUCUCUAUCAGCACGCGCAUCAGGGAUGGACGAGCAGAUCUCCCGUUUACAUCAUCGCGAAGGACCAUCGGGUGCAUAUGACAUAUACAAUUCCAUACAGGAUCCAACCGACUCUGAGGCCAACCUGGUGUUGGACCUUGUAAGAGCUAAGCGGCAAGUUUAUCUAGCGCAAAAGACACUGGCGGACUGUAUAAUACGCGAGAACGAAGUGUUGGCAAACUUACUCCGAUAUCGAGCUGAAGAAGCAGAAAAACGACUGGAGGACGCGGAUGUUGGAUUAGGGUGCAUGCGAAUCGCAUUUAAGAAGAAUGGAUGGAGUCAUUUUCCUCAUCCGACUCAAACACGCGAUGGCCGCCUACAAACUGAACUGGGUGCUGGGUUCCUGAAUGGGCCUGAGAGACUCCACCCGGCACCGGAUCGCUUCGAAGAUAGCGCCAAGCUUGUCUCUCUCGUGGUUUGGCCGCCAUGA